CAUAGUUGAUUACUCCAUACAUUGGCGUAGGCGGUCCUGCGCUCACUUUGCGCUUGUCGCCGACACGCAACCACGACACACACACAUCGCGUCUUUACCUGUGGGACUUUUGAGACAGAACGGGCGAGAGCGAGAGCCAGAAAGAGAAACAGAGAGAGCUAUGAAAUUGUUUGGAGGAGCUUUGGCGGCUGGCUUAGUCACUCUCGGCAGCGCGAACGUCGACGAUCGAUGCAAGGACGCUCCUAAAAACUAUGAUGCUGCGCUGCUGCAUGUGAGCCGGUCGGACUGGAACGGACGGCGUGUGUCGGGGUACCCGGUGUCUUUCGAGAUCUCAGGCGUAGCCGAAUCCUCCGACAAGCCUUUCAUCGACGUCGGCGACGUCGCUCUUCACGUUGAGGUGACGGGGGAGACGGUUUUCCGAAUGGCGGGUACCCCGACGGAUGCCACAUCGCCAGACGGCUUGACUAAGGUUAAUUCCAGGGAAGCCGGCCGCGCGGAGUUCGAGCUGGAUCUGUGCACGGACGUAGUAGGAGUCCGCUGCCCCCUGCAGGCUGGGGACCGGUUCAGCGGCGUCGCCACUUGGAACGCCUUCGUGUUGCCGGAGCGUGGCGAUGAGGAGGCGGUGGAGAGCUUGACGACCACCGUUAUUACUGCCGUUCAGCCCGACGGCCCUGCAUGCGGCCAGUUCUUCACGUUCCAUGACGUUGUCGGGAAGGAAGACUCAACCGCUACCCUGCUCGAAGACCACUUGUCCGAGCUGGUCGAAAGUGAUGAAUCGUCCAGGGGGCCCGCCACAUCAUCGUGGUCGAGGGGGUACUCGUCUCGGUUCGAGGGCUUCUCCUGGAAAGACGCCAGGCGGAUUGCUGGAGGCACAGUGAUGCGAGGCCAGGUUGGCUUCGAGGAGCUGCCACGGAGGAGGUACACGACGGAGAUGGCGCCUGCCGUGCCCGGCCGGCGCCGUCUCACGCCCGUCGCGCGAACUAGCAGCGACGAGGACAUCCCCGCAAACUUCGACGCGCGCGAAGCUUUCCCGGAGUGCGCCUCGGUCAUCGGCCGCGUGAGAGAUCAGAGCGAUUGCGGCAGCUGCUGGGCCUUCGCUUCCACUGAGGCGUUUAACGACAGGCGCUGCAUCGCCGGCAUCGGCAAAGGGAGCGCCGCUGGGGCCGAAGGCGAAGCGACCGCGGACCAACUUCUUGUCCUCAGCGCCGAAGACACCACGGCCUGCUGCCACGGGUUCCACUGCGGAUUGAGCAUGGGAUGCAACGGCGGCCAGCCGGGGUCUGCCUGGAAGUGGUUCACGAAGACCGGUGUCGUUACCGGUGGCGAUUACGCCGACAUCGGCACUGGAACAACGUGCAAGGCGAGUCUUGGUCUUCCGUACGAGUUCAUGCCGUGCGCGCACCACGUGGACCCCGGAGCGUCGGGCUACCCCGCCUGCCCUGACGGCGAGUACCCCACUCCCGAGUGCCUGUCGGAGUGCUCCGAGAUCAACUUCAGCGGGGGAAGCUACGGCGAGGACAAGAAGAUGGCGAGGGAGGCGUACUCGCUGGCGGGCAUCGAGAAUAUCCAGCGCGACAUGAUGAAGUACGGGUCCGUGACGGCCGCGUUUUCAGUUUUCUCGGACUUCCUCACCUACUCUGGCGGCGUCUACACCCACGAGUCCGGUUCGUUCAUGGGGGGCCACGCGGUGAAGAUGAUCGGGUGGGGCACGGACGAGGUGAGCGGCGAAGACUAUUGGCUCAUCGCCAACUCCUGGAACCCGUCGUGGGGGGAGGGUGGUCUCUUCCGGAUCCUUCGCGGCGUCAACGAGUGCGGAAUCGAGGGCCAGAUCGUGGCCGGCGAGGUGUAACUGUAACAGGCGUGCAGACAGCGUCUAUCCUUGAUGCCAACCACCAUAAUUCUACCGCCUAUCAUGAUGUUGAGAUUUUUACGGCAUGCCGCGUCGUGGAAAUCAAUCAUGUUCGUCCACCUGUGAUACCCCCGCUAACUAGUGUCGUGAUGGUUAUCCAGCCAUGUGUGAUGGGCUAGGUUUAUUGGUAGUGGCCCCGGAUGUUGCGGCGAAUGACGAUGGACAUAUCCAUGCUCUUUUUCUUCCUCGACUUGCGAGGUGUCCCUGUUGAUUCCAACGUGUUGGAUUUUGACGGCGGGGGGGGGUUGUUAUUUUCGGUUGCCGGUUUGUUGUCCGGUCAGUACAUGGCGACAAGUCAAGAGCGUGGUUGUUUGGUUUGCGUUGAUGGCCCGAGGAACCUGGUGCGUGGUAUUUUGUUCGGGUGCAGAGCUCGCUUCUCGACUGACAUGUUCCUCCCCGUGUAGGACAAUCAACAAGCUAACCGGGAAGGAUGCAUGCAUGACAUAACCGUACAUGUUUUGAUGUGUUUGGUUUUGUGCCUUCGAACCGUCGGGUCGGGAUCGACCCAAGAUUGUGGGGAGGGCAUCGAUGGGUUGGGGAAUGGCGUUUUUCAGCCCCUUCCCUCCCGCCCACCGGCAUUCUCGACGCUGGGGGAUGCUGACGCUGGGGGAUGCUGUUGGGUGGUACCGUAAGGCGCCACGGACGCUUUGUAUAUAGUCUAUAGCAGCACGGAAGUACCGCGCGGAGCCCUAGUAGAUGCAUGUCGGUGGUAUUGAUAGAAUCCGAUUGAAUAGUGUGAGCUGCUAUCCAGGCUAUGGAGAAGGGAUUUGGAACAGCGCUCCUGGAUUGCUGGGCGUGGCGUAGAUGCUUGUUCACGGGAAGGACGUUUCGAGAGAGAUUUUCAAGUAAAUGGUGUUGGCUAACAUGUCGAUCACUGUGGGAAACAAAGUUCCGCUUGUGCCAUGGUAGGUCGUUCCUUCUUUGGCAACGCGAAGAGUGUAAGAGGAUGGGUUGUUGUUGGCGAUUUUUGCCAAAAGCCCGAAGCUUGGAAUGUUGCAUACACGGAGGAAAUUCCAUUCGAGGGUUGUCUCCGAGGAGAUGAGCUCAAGUCUUCACAUUGAGGCUUAGGUGAUGCCCCCUCGACAGGGUAGGGAUGAGUCCCCUCUUCUUAUGCUCUUUGGUCGUCUCCUAUUGACCCUCAUUCCUGUUCCGACAUGGAAUAUACGUGCGUGAGAAAUGGAUGAGGGUGGGGGGUAGGGUCGGGAAGGGUUGUGAUGAGAUACUUACAUUUUGUCCUAAAUCCCUGACUUGAAUGCUAGAAAGACCGUUCGGCUUUUCUCCGGAAGACAAGCGCUUCGAAUAGUUUGUCACGCAAGUAUGAUAUCCAUCCAUUGUAUCUUAAGUUCCUUAGGGAUUUCAGUUUCUUCUGUUGCGGAAACAAAACGCUACCCUGUUUUGAAGGUACUCCUGUAUCUCCGAACACAUAAAACACGAAAGGCCCCACGACGCUUUUUUGUAACCAACCCUCGGUACUUGAUUUUAGACAAGACCGUCGAAUCAACCACAUCGCGCGCCCACGAGCCAAGUGUGCAAAUCAACAACGAAAUUUCUUCUACAGCUCUCCACAACGGCAACUGCUUGCGUGCUCUUCCCCGUCUUACGCGCGACCACAGAGAACCCGUCCUCCCUGAAUCGCGGGGAGGUCACGGUGUUUUAUCUCUACAUGCAGCAAGUUUAACGCUUCCCGCUGAUUUCGGUCACUCCGUUCCUCCCGUCGAUUUCAGUUUGUCCGGUCAUCGCGCAUGUUGCAGCACCUCCACAACUUGCGGAGGUGGGUCCAUGAAGCUGUGUGAGGCACACGACCAAACACACAUAGUCAUCGGUGCAAGUUUGCCUAUGAAGUUUCAAUCAAGGCCAUGCGAGCACCCAUCCCACUGCGGAACGGUUCUCGCGGCGUUUCGAAGAAAACCCGAAAACCGUCGUUUUUGCCGAGGCGGCCACCACACCACUAAUUGAGCACACCGCAGCCAGCAGACCCAGAGGCAGCAGACGCCAACAAGCGAGGACACCCUGUGGAUCGCCUUCUCGAGCUUUUGGCAUCAUGUCAACGAACCAGACUGCUGCUGGUGCUACUGGUGGGUCUUCUGCCGCUGUCGGCGUUGGUUCUACUGCUGUCGGCGCAUCUUCGGCUGCUGUAUCAGGCAGAUCAAGUGCUUCAGGGAGUGCUGCUGCUGCCUCUGGCGCUGGUGGUCCUGCCGCUGCUGCCGCCGCUGUUGCUGCUGUUGCUGCUGCUUCUGCUUCUGCUGCUGGUGCUGGUGCUGCUGCUGUAGUUGCUGUUCUUCAUGGAUGUCAUCAGUUGCUUAGCGUUCGACUGGAGAUUCGCGGCGUUGCCUCGAAGCAUUUGAAGUUACACUGCUGAUGUUCGCCGCUGCUUGGGAACGCGCCUGCCGCUGCCGUAAUUGCGACAAAAUUGUUGUUGUCUCACUCAAAACUUGCUUCAGGCGUGCAUUCAUCAUCAUGGACGCUAUGUAACCAAAUGUGUGUCGCUCUAUUGUCUUUCACUUUUCUGAAAUCGGCCGUACACAGCCGGUUUGGGGAUAGACUACAUCUGCUCCUCCCGGGGACAAAAUCAUGCUGUCCCCGCGUCUCGAAGGUCCCUUUGUUCGCGUACACGUCCCCAAUCGUAUA